AUGACGCCGGACUCUACAAUUGGACAGAGACCAUGCAUUGUAAUUGAUUAUUUUCUUUUCUACCUACAGACUAGACAUGCCAAGCAUUUAACCAAUGCAAGUGCGUCGGUUCUAGUUCUGGUCAGGAGUGAUGUUACACGUUAUAGAUAUGGUGAUGAGCAGCAUCUCGAUGAAGCACUAAAGCGGAUCUUUCAAUAUGGUUUGGUCAGGAGUGAUGUUACACGUUAUAGAUAUGGUGAUGAGCAGCAUCUCGAUGAAGCACUAAAGCGGAUCUUUCAAUAUGGUUUGGGUGGCGGCAUUCCAAGACGUAGUGCACCUAUAUUACAGAAGAUUCAAGAAGUAACUGAUGAUGGGAAAUACUGUUUAGUACUGGAAUUCGAAGCCAAAUCGUUGGAGCUAUCAGAUUUUGAGAAGAGGCAGGCAAAAUUCACCUCCUUUUUCGGUCCUGGAAUUAAGGCUGAAAUUGGAAAAGGUGGUGACGACCUAUAUGAAGUGCGUCUUAUCUCGGAGACCACAGAGGAAGAGUGACAGCGUUUGCAAUCCUAUUAUCUGCUAAUAUACAACAAAAUGAUAUUUAUUUCUUUUCCCCACUAAUUUGCAUAUAUAACGUUAUUAUUGUAAUAUGCUCAGUAUAUAAUUUUGCUUUUGAGCUUUGUAUGUAGUUCCAAAUCUAGCAUCGUAUGUUCCAUGCAAAGCAUACAAAAAAGGCUAUUGUAAUAAAGAUGUAAAUUGACUUGA